AUGCUGAGACCUGUCAAAAUUGAUGUCCUUAAGUACCACCAAUCACAAAUUUCAUUAUUAGUGUUUGAUGAAUGUCACUGUAUUUCUGAAUGGGGAUUAGAUUUUAGGCCAGAUUAUAGGAAAGUAUCAGAUAUUGUAAGCCUGUUCUCCGAUAUUCAAACACUUCUACUUAGUACCACAGCUACAAUGUCUGUCCAAAAUGACUUGUACAACCUGCUAGCUUUGGAUGAAGAAAACACUAGAGUAGUUGCUAAACUUCCUGAUAGACCUAAUGUAUUUAUACAUGUUGAACAGCAACCCUUAGCUUUUGGAUUAGGGAUUGAUAUCCCAAACAUAAAUAUUGUUGUCAGCUGGGGUGUCGUGACGGUUAUACUUAUACUUAUCCAUAUUCAAGGAGUUUGUCACUAUGCUCUGACAAAAAAAUGA